AAGUAGCAAUGGUUGUUAUUCUCACUUCAUCUCUUAAUUAUUUAAAUCCUUUUACAAAGAUAUCAAAUACUGAUUUAGUGGCAAAUUUAUUUAGUGAAUGUUCAGAUAAAAAAGAUUCAUUAGAUGUAUAUCCAAUAUUUUAUUUACUUGCAGUGGCCUUAAUCUCCAAAUUUUUAACAUGUAUAAUAACUUUUGGUAUAAGAACCCCAGCUGGUAUAUUUAUACCUGCAUUAUUAAUUGGUGCAUGUUUUGGUAGAAUGUUGGGAUUGUACCCGGAUUCUCCAGUGUUUGAACAAUGUGAUCCAAGAGCACCAAAUGAUUGUGUGAUACCUGGUGUAUAUGCGAUGGUAGGAGCUGCUGCUGCUUUAGCUGGUGUGACUAGAAUGACAGUUUCUUUAACAGUAAUUAUGUUUGAAUUAACAGGUGCAUUAACAUAUGUGUUACCAAUAAUGACUUCAAUAAUGAUAUCUAAAUGGGUAGCAGAUGGAUUUGUUCAUCAUGGAAUUUAUAAUUUGUUGAUUGACUUGAAUGAACAUCCUUUUUUGGAUGCAAAUGCUGAAUAUAUUCAAGCAACAAAUACAUUUGAUUUGACACAAAAAGAUUUAGAAGUUAUUGAUGUUAAUGAUUUGAAUACUGUGGCAAUUUCAGGUUAUUCAGACACAGGAUUUCCAAUAAUAGAUAAUAAUAUGUUGGUAGGAUAUAUAGCAUCAACAGAAUUGGAACAUGCAUUAAAUGAUUUGCCACCAAAAUAUGAUGCUACAACAAGAUGUUAUUUCAAAGAACCUGAAUUUAGUGUUAUUCAAAAUCCUGAUAAAUCUGUGGAUUUUACUGUUUAUAUGGAUCAAGCUCCAUUAACUGUAUCAAAAAAUUCAUCAUUAGAAGUUAUAUUAGAAUUAUUUAAAAAAUUGGGAUUAAGAUAUGUUUGUGUGACUGAAAAUGGUCAAUAUGUUGGUGUUAUACACAAAAAAUGGUUACUAAGAUAUUUAAAGGAGAUGGAAGGAAAAAAAGAAGAUUAG